AUGACCUCUAUGGAGGAAACGGACGAGGUGAAGGUCUUUCGGAAUAACAAUGAUCCAGAGGAAGUGGUGGACACUCCGCAGUCAUCGCAACAGUUAUCCGAUGACAAGAAGGAGGUCGCUUUCGAGACAGAACUCGAAGGACAGAAUAUAAACCGUAUGUUUUAUAUUAUUUUUGUCUCAUUCAACUAUAUCCUUGCGUUUUAUAUAAUGUCAGGGUAUGUAGGCCGAGUUUGUACUGUAAUAUUGUUAUUCUAGCUACAGUAGCACCAUUUGCCGAUCUCCAAUUUAAACCUCACACCCCGAUUGGAACCCUCAGCCCGGCGUUUCUAUGUCCAUUAUUGGUAUGUAGAUAUUAGUAGUGUAAUAUCCAAUCUUUAGGCAAUGAAAUCACCGCAUACUUUGCUAUCUCCCGGCUUCCAAGGGCUCAAUUUUGCUUCUCCCAAUUACGGGGUGCUCUCGCCCAACUUCAUGCCAAUCUUUAACCCCUUCUACAAUAUGCAGAAUAUGCAAAUGCACAAUCUAUUGAAACAGAGCCUGCCAAUGGCCAACAUGACUAACAAUAUGGCCGGCUUGGGAAUGCUGAACCCAGGUGUGAGAUACCCAUCAUCUACCCCAUCAACUCCCCGAAGAGACAAAGGAGUAAGGAUCGAGAAGGAUAAGAACCGGAUAAAGAAACCGUGCAAUGCAUUUAUGAUCUUCAUGAGAGAGAAUCGAGCACAAGUGGCCAAGGAAAAUCAUUGCAAACAAUCGUCGGAACUGAACAAAGAAUUGGGACAACGAUGGCAGAAUCUGACCAAGGAAGAACAAGAAAAAUACUUUGAUAUGGCCAGAAGGGAGAAGGAAGAUCAUGCCAAACAGCAUCCUGGAUGGAGUGCCCGGGACAAUUAUGCGGUUCAUAAGAAAAAAAAGCGGAGUCGAAGGGAAAGGUCUUAUGGUAAGUGGUUUGAUUGUUGUCGGCAGCUUUAACGAAAUUGGAAAUAGUUUUAGUUUCAUUUCUGUUAUUCUAAUCACCUUUAUUUAGAUCCAACGAACGAGAACAACGAACAGAAGAAAUGCCGAGCCCGAUUUGGUGUCGAUAAUCAACAGAAAUGGUGCAAACACUGCAAACGAAAGAAGAGAUGUCUGAAUGUCCAGGACCUGGAGGUCUCUUCCACGACGAAUCCGUCCACUCCGCUGUACCUUCACAGUUCUCCGAACAUAUAUUCGCCUUUGGCUUGA